AUGAGCGGUAAAGGGGAGGCGCUGGCGAAUCAGUCAGGGAACCUUGGCGCUCGGCAACCUCCCUUCACUCCGAACCUGGUCAAAGACAGAGUUCAGUCCGCUGGAGCUGAUCCAGCACGAGGCUCGCGGGCCCCGCCCCGCCCGGGGGCGAACCGCGGAGCCGUCGACUCGGACGCAACUCGAUUCCAGUGUGCUCAGACGCCGAGGAAACUCCAGUUUUUCAAGACCAAAAUCUGCCCCUGGUACCACAAAGGCGGCUGCGACAGGGGACUCGCCUGUCAGUUUGCUCACGGCUUGUCGGAGCUACGAGAGUGUCCAGAUCUCCGGAAGACGUCCCUGUGCCCAAACGUAAAGCGAGGAGGAUCGUGCACAAUUCCGGGUUGCCACUACGCCCAUCGCGUCCACGAGUUGCGAGCGACGGGGCAACUGUACAAAACAGCGCUAUGCGUGAGAUGGCAAAUGGGCCGAUGCAAUGCAGGAAGUCUCUGCAGGCAUGCGCACGGGAGAAGUGAAAUGAGAAAUGGCCGCGGUUUGCCGCCGCCAGGUGGGUCACCUGAUGACAACCUGCCUCCACUCCUCGUGGACUCGCGCUCUCCGUCUUUGUCGGCAAGCGGGGGCACCCGCUCGCGAACGAGUGCACCUGUAACGUUUUUUCAGGCUACUCGACAGAGACAGUCACACGCGCCUGCGGAACCAGAGCCGUUCAGGCAACUCGUUUGCGUACCUGGCGAGCAAUCAGUUUCCGCACCGGUAGGACACGAGGCGUCGCCAACCUCGCUGCUCCUCUCCAAAUUGAUCGCUCCAAGUUCGCAGGCACUGUCACCGGUCGACGAGCAGCGCCGAGACGGACUGUUACAAGAUGCUGGCCCCGAAGAGCAUCUGCAGAUCCAGAUGCAGAGAGCCAACCGGCUAGGCUUGUUUCCACCCCAGGCGAAAGGAGAAACCUCCGACGUUUUGCGUGGUCAGUCUGCAGCGGCUUUCCUGCAGCUGAACUCGCUUCGAAGGCUGACGCAAAACGAGCUCAUGGCCGGUCCAUCGCAUGGCCACGAGGGCACUUUCGGUACCUCGCGGGGCGAGAGGAGCGUUCACGAACGACCGUGUGGAGGCGCUGCUGGCCCAGCGGUCGAAAGCCUUCCUGGACCGCCGGGCAGCGGGGGAUUCGCGCGUCUGCCGCUGCUGGGCCAGGCGUCGGAUGACACAGGCCAGUACCCGCAAGUAGCCCCCGAGCACGUCAUGGCUGGCCGGGAAAAGACGCUCCGGGAAAUAUUCUCGCCUUUCUCUUUAGUGGAGCUCGACUCGGCAGUCCUGCAGACGAGAUGGAAUGUCUCCUUGCUACUUCCCGAUGCUUUUGUCUCGUCGCGGCAGGCCUUGUCAUCGCCGCAGACCAGAGGGUCUGGAUGUCAGCGCCGCGAAACUGAGAACUGCAGGCGAGGGAGUGGUUCCAUUGGCGUCAAGGAGACCCGAGACGGUUCGGUGCUGCCGCUGCAGGCAAACGAGCUGGGUUCUGGAGCUUCGGCGGGACAGGGAGGAAGCACGGUGCCCACUUGUUCGAAGGCAAGUCGUUCUGCCCAGACUGGUCUCGGACCGCGUGCGCUGGAUAACGCGUACUCGCGCACAGACACACUGCAGUCUGGAGACUCACGGGGUCAGCUUGGGGAUCCCGUGGAAACGCGCAGCGACCGCGCAAGCUGCGAUGCUCCACUCGCUUCUGGACAGCGUGGGACGCCCGACACCGGCGACGUAGGUAGCUCCUCUGGUGUCUCAGACCUUUGUGUCUCUGGAUGUCCCACAGACGUGCUUGCAAUGCACGGUGGCUGCAGGCGGGCGUCGUCGGGGGCUUCCACGAUUGACACAACGCCUCGUAGUAUGGACGCACUGAGUGGCCUUUUGUGCUCCCUCAGUCUCAGCCCUUACUCGCCGUCCGUCGCCGCUGGAGCGGGAAGCCACGCCCAUGUGGGUCGGAGGAGCACAUUCGACACAUCUGUGGACAGUGUUGUUUCAGGCGCGCUCAACGAGUGGUGCACAUUGUCCUCGGAGGACAGUCAGGAGCUGUCCCAAGAAGGUGUGACUGAUAUGCUUGCGGCACGUGGGUCCAUUCCGGGAAGGCAUCCCAGCGCAGGAACAUGUUGUGACGGCCAAAGCAUUAGGCCAUUCAGCGACCACGUUGACGUGGCGUUCGGGUGCGCGCCCAAUAUGCCAGUCGCCUUGAGUCUUCCUGGUGUUUGUGGAUCCGAAGUACAUGCAGGAGGGCUGCGGGGCGGUACACAGUCCCAAUCUGUUGGGAACAGGGCACAGGAGCAGGUGCGCGUCGCGGACGACCCCGAUGAUCACGGUCUACAGAACGUUAACGUCCGUGAGAGCGUUCCGGGAUUACCGAGUCAUUGUGGUUGGGGGGACCAGCACCACAGCGAGGAUUUUGGGGUUGGUAACGGCAAACGGAGAAACGUGGAAAAAAACGCGAGAAGCAACGAACUUAAAAAGUGUGAGCACGACGCUCUGAACCAAUCAGAUAUGUGGGAACGUGGGCCAGUUGUCCAGCUGCUUCCCCACGCAGCAGAUGCAUUGCCAGAAAGCGCUCCUUUGUGUAAAGGACAGACUUUAAGUUUCAGCGUGCCCCGACAGCCAAUGGUACAGCGUGUAGCUGGCGAUUUAAAGGGCCGUCUAGCUUCUGAGCGACAGGCCGCUGGAGAUUUUAACGCUAAGGACGAAUCCACUGUCUAUCAGGAGUUGGGCGACAGGAGCUUUAUGGCUGAUGAAGAUGUCCGGGGAACCGUGUCGGUGGUGAGAAAAGGACGCGCUUGUACCCCGUAUUCUCAACUGGCGGCAACUUCUUCAGAUGGCCAGAGGCCUUCAAAAGGUGCAGGCGUCAACGGCACGAAUUUGGACUUCCCGACGCCAGAAAUGGUUACAGAUGAACAGCACGACAAUUCGUCGCUUUUCUCGGAGAUCGAGGCCUUCCGUCGAACGUGUUGUGAUAGCGGUGCUAGCGUUAGCACUUGUUGCAGUCGCAGAGAGCCUGGUGACAACCCGAUGGGGAACUCUAUGAAAGGAGAACAAAGUGAUAUCGGCGGAUGUCGACUCUCAACUGAUAAUAGCCACUGUUCUAUUUUGUUCAACGGACCGGAUCUCUUCCGGGCGUCGUGGGAUUCACCGUGA